AUGGCGCCUUUUGGACUGAGUAUCGGAGCAGAUAAGACGAAGGUUUUUGAGGUGGCAAUUCAGAAUGAGCUUAUGAGGAGGGGAUAUACUACGGAACCUGAUGAUACCAUGUCCGAGUAUAUCACGAUCAUGCUUAUCAAUAACAAGAGUCCAGAUGACAUUUUGAAGGAAUGUAUAAGCUUCCUAGGAAACGACGUCGAACGCUCUUUUGUAGACUGGUUGUUUGAAGAAGCUGCGCGAAACGAGGCCAGUGGCGAGCCUGAGCCUGCUUCAGCGCCUCCAGCCGCAGAGUCCAAACCUGAACCGUCGACCUCAAGUGACAAAUCUCGCCCUCCACCCAACGGUCCUCGCGUUUUCCAACAAGCUAUUGGCCAGGCUCAAGCAAGUACUUCGCCAACAGCGCAAAAACGUACCGCUUCAGCGCGUUCCCCUUCCCCUACACCUGGCGGCCAAGGUCCGAACAAAUCUCGACGUACGGAUGCACCAACCGGCCCUCGUGCUAUGCGUGAUGAGCGCGGGCCUCGCGGACCCAACAGUAACGGCCCACGUAGUCUCCUCGAACGUGUCGGCCCCGCUCGCGCCGGCCCUCCGCCCAACAACUUCGGACCUCCCGGGCCCAACAUGAUGAACGGUCCGCCGGGUCCUUUCCCGGCUGGAAUGAACGAGAUGGAGAUGGCGGCGCAGAUGCAAGGGAUGAACGGGCCCAACCAGCAGAUGAUGUUCCAGGAGAUGAUGAUGAACCAUAUGGCUCUUAUGGCGCAGAUGGCUAGUGGUAUGGGCAUGUUGCCACCCCCUGGGAUGAUGCCGGGUAUGAUGCCACCGCAGGGUGGAAUGGGGUUGGGUGGUCCUGGGUUCCCUGGUGGGCCUGGUAUGGGACCUGGAUCGAGAAAUGGUCCGCCACGUCCUCAGCGUGGAAGGGGCGGAAGGGCAAAUCAGGGUGGAAGGCCUGCACCUGGCGAACAGGGCUCACCAGCGCCCCCUACGCCUGUCGAAGGUGCACCGCAACUGGCAGCCCCUGCGCCUCAGCCGGUAGCCGCCGCAUCACCUGCGCCACCGGCAUUUGCCGUGCCCGAGCGCCCGCAAUCACCUACUUUGUGCAAGUUUGGACCAAAAUGCACAAAUGCGCAUUGUCGGUGGUCGCAUCCGAGCCCCAUUGCAACGGCUGAGAGUGGGGUGGUACUGAGUGCCGAAGCGUGCGAAGCCGGCGCUGGAUGUACGGACAAAGAUUGUAUCAAGAGCCAUGUCAGCCCUGCUGCUGCGAAUCCUGCACUGGCACGGCCGCAACGCCCUCCUCCGGCACCAGCACCUGCACCGGUAUACGCACCGCCGCCAGCAGCUGGAGGUGCAGUCCAGUGCCGCUAUGGUAUGGCCUGUACGCGUCGGGACUGCUCAUUCAGCCAUCCACCGAAUCACCCGCUACACAAAUCCGCAACGUCCAACGUCCCGUGUCGCUUCGGCUCCGCCUGUACCCGUGCAACAUGCACGUACCAACACCCGCCAGACCGCGUCCUGCCCGGACAGUUCCAUAAGGGUUUGUCGCCUAGCGCGAACCAGAACCAGACGCACAAUAAGAGCGCCGUGUUUAACAAGCCUGCGACGACUACAGAGACCGAGUUAGAGAAGAAGCUGAAAGCUAUCCAGGAGGAGAAGGAUAAGGUCAGGGAGGCAGAGGCUGCUAAGAAGGAGGGCGGCGGGGGGGAUAAGGGCGUCGUCGCUGCUGCUGCGUGA